UUCAAUGUAAACGUCAUUUGUUGACAAGACCCCCACACAACAGCAUGAAAAUCUUUAUUUUCCUGUUGGCGGUGACAGUUGUCUAUGGACAGCAUUCUCACAGCUGCGUUCAUAGUAACCAUGACAUGCAUACUGCCGAUCACGUGAUCGACUGGGUUAUCCGUGAAAUGGACCACAAUCAGGACGGAAACGUCAGCGACUCUGAGAUUAUCGCAGAAUUUAUCAUCAGCUUCGAUACCCAUCCCCAUGACCUAAAAAUCGACCAUGAUGAGUUCGUACAUCGCUGGCAGAACCACUAUCGUGACGUCAGACACUUCGCCGAGUACCUGUGGCUCCACAUGGAUACCAACCACGACCACGUCUUGGACAGCGGCGACCUGACUGCGAUCAUUAGGGACAUGGACGGUGAUCUGGAUGGAACUGUAACAACCCAUGAAUUCAAAUUAUGGAUGGAAGAUCUAUACAAGAACUGCAAGACGGUGCAGCGCCCAUGAAUGCAGAAAUAAAAACUGAACUACAAUGAACUCAGUCUUCGAGAAGCUAACAAGACAGAGUUCCUUAAUAAAAAAUGUUUUUCUUUGUC